AUGUCAUCGUCAUCAUCUUCCUCCCUUGUCUCUCUCAGUUUCUUGUUCCUUCUUCUUCUGGCUUCUUCUCUGAGCUUCUCGUCCUCAUCUCCCGAUGACAUCUCCGAGCUGUUCGACGACUGGUGCCAGAGACAUGGCAAAACGUACGGUUCGGAAGAAGAGAGGCAACACAGGAUUCAAAUCUUUAGAGAUAAUCACGACUUUGUUACCCAUCACAAUCGCAUCGCUAACUCUACAUAUUCACUCUCCCUCAAUGCCUUCGCGGAUCUGACUCACCACGAGUUCAAGGCCUCUCGUCUUGGACUCUCUGCUCCGGCGCCGUCGCUGGUGGCUACAGGACAUACUCCCGAUGUUAGCAAGAAAGUUCGCGCGACGCUUCCAGAUUCUGUUGAUUGGAGGAAGAAAGGAGCUGUUACUAAUGUCAAAGAUCAAGGAAGCUGCGGAGCGUGUUGGUCGUUCUCGGCUACUGGAGCUAUGGAGGGAAUCAACCAGAUUGUAACAGGAGAUCUCAUCAGCCUCUCUGAGCAGGAACUGAUUGAUUGUGACAAGUCCUACAAUGAUGGCUGCAAUGGUGGUCUCAUGGACUAUGCUUUUGAGUUUGUCAUUAAAAACCAUGGAAUAGACACGGAGAAAGACUAUCCUUAUCAACAACGCGAUGGCACCUGUAAGAAGGAUAAGUUGAAAAGACGGGUUGUGACGAUUGAUAGCUACGCUGGUGUAACAUCAAACAACGAGAAAGCGUUGCUGGAGGCUGUAGCGGCUCAGCCAGUUAGUGUCGGCAUCUGUGGAAGCGAGAGAGCGUUUCAGCUAUAUUCUAGUGGGAUAUUCUCUGGCCCGUGCUCUACAUCACUGGAUCACGCAGUGCUCAUCGUAGGAUAUGGUUCGAAGAAUGGUGUUGAUUAUUGGAUAGUGAAGAACUCGUGGGGGAAAAGCUGGGGAAUAGAUGGGUUCAUGCACAUGCAGCGGAACACAGGGAACUCAGAAGGGGUGUGCGGAAUCAAUAUGCUCGCUUCAUAUCCCGUCAAGACGCAUCCAAACCCGCCUCCACCGUCACCUCCCGGCCCAACAAAAUGCAACCUUUUCACGUAUUGUUCGGCUGCAGAGACUUGUUGCUGUGCAAGAAACUUGUUUGGUUUGUGUUUCUCGUGGAAAUGCUGCGAGCUAGAAUCUGCUGUGUGUUGCAAGGAUGGUCGUCAUUGCUGUCCGCUUGAUUACCCAGUUUGCGAUACCACCAGAAGUCUCUGCCUUAAGAAAACUGGCAAUUUCACAGCGAUCAAGCCCUUCUGGAAGAAGAAUUCUUCAAAUAAACUUGGCAGAUUCGAGGAAUGGGUUAUGUAA